AGUACGGCAUAACGGUCACUCACGCUAUCGAAACUUCGUGUAAACCAGUGUAAACCAAUAUGGCUGACUACGGCUCAGCUGGGCUGAACGCGCGCGCCCUCCCAGAGACACGGCGAACGCGGAGAGUGCGCGGAAACCUUCCUACUCGUAACGUAACGGUUGAUGCACGUUCUCGAUUCGCAUUGAUUCACGGUUAUGCGUUCGCGUCGGUUUACGCGAAGAACGUCACUGAACGCAACCAAACGCAACUGAACGUCACUGGAACGAUACAAAACGUAGCGAAACGUCGCUGAGCAUCGAAUGGUUCGAAGGAAGCCCGAAUCGUACGAACAUCUGCGAGCGUAUCGACGAUAAAAUGGACACGUUGGUAAGGAGGAUAAUUUCCGACUCGGAUGAGCGAUUCGCAAAGAAUAUCGCCACUUUCCAAGAAAGUUAUGGUAGCAGAGUCGCUUUCCAAGAGUUGAACGACGAUCGGUUACGCGAAAAGUUAUGGGAGGCGUUGUUCCUUCGACUGUUGGACGAUUCACGAUCGUCCGAUCGUUACGACUGCUUGUCCACUCUGAGAAUACUUAGCAGAGACAAAACGAACUUGAACGAAUUGAUCACGGACGAGAGGAUAGACGUUCUGUUAGAUAUCGCGGAUCUGAAGGACGUGAACUCGAACGGACCAACUACCUGUACGAACGUUACCGUCGAGGCUCUCAAAUUGCUGUGCAAUUUGAUAUAUAACAGCACGCGGCUGCAGCGACUGUUGCCGAGGACGACGACCUGCCUGCGAUGUCUGAUCGAACGUAUGAGAAAAUACGAUGACGACGACUCUGUUCCACUCGAGGUGAUGCUGUUCGACACGAGAAUCGUGUUCCUAAUUACGGCUCUGAAUGUUGCCACGAGACGGAUAAUUAGGACGGAGUUGAAAGGGGACGAGUGUUUGAUAAAAAUGCUGGGGAACGUGAGACAGCGAGCUGGAUCGCGCGCCAUCGACCACGACGGCUCGACGUUGGCCUGCGAAGUUUUAAAAGCGUUGUUCAAUCUAUACAUAAAUUUCGAAGAGACGGAGGAAGAAGAGAAGACCGAGGAGCUGGUCUCGAUUUUGUAUAAAUUAUUGUUGUCCAAGUGCAAGAAUGAGGACGAGCUUCAGAGCAACAUCGUAAAUCUAUUGACGGUGAUACCACGCGAUCGUUACUCGGCCAUCGUUCCGCCCACGGAUGAAGUACACGAGCGAGUGUUCGAAAAGCUGGACAUGAGCGCGGUGGCGGUCCUGUUGAAGUUUCUCGACGAAAGACUGGAUCGUAACGAAGAUCUGAUCGGAAAUUUAAGUCCGAUCGUCACUGCAUUCGUGAAAAUGGCCAGAGCGGAAAGGCCGAUACGGAAGUACGCGAGGCUACGGAUUUUACCUCCUCUCAGGGAUGUGAUGCACCGGCCGGAAGAAGGGACCACUCUCAGAGCGAAACUGUGUAAAUUACUGACCUCUCCUGUGACCGAAGUGCGAGAUCUCGUCGCGGAAUUUCUGUUCAUACUUUGCAAGGAGAACGUUUCUCGCAUGGUCAAGUACACGGGAUACGGGAACGCUGCCGGUAUGUUCGCGAACAAAGGAUUACUGGGGGCGAGCGGGAAGAAGCCGGUGUACUCCUCGGAGUCGGAGGACAGCGAGACCGAAGAGUAUCUCAGGCACAGAGAGCAGAUCAAUCCCGUGACUGGUUGUUUCGAGUCCCCGAAACCUGAUCCCUUGGAAGGAAUGACGGAGGAACAGAAGGAAUACGAAGCCUUGCAGCUCGUCGGCCUCGUCGAUAAACUGACAAGGGGAGGACUGGUGCAGCCGUGCAGAAUAGGAAACGACGGGAAGCCGAAACCGAUCGAACACGUCCUGGAGUUACGAGAGGAGUCACCGGAACAGCUACACGGUCGUCGUACCAGCGCCGAUGAUUCCGAUUCCGAUUCCGAUUGAACGGCGAAGUCGACUCGGGUGGCGCUUCGGAUACCAAAGAACGAUUAACGAAAUAAAGAAAUGUAGACGACCGCGCU